AACAGCCAGUGAUCAGCUGACUGCCGCUGAUCGUGAAACGCGGCGGAGCAGCGUAUAGCCGUUUACUUCUCCGUGGCAGAUUUUACGAAGAACCGAGUUUCCCAUUUUCAUCUCCAAGCGAAGUCAGUACGAUGGCAAUAACCAGCGACGGUGUGCUCGAAAUGACCAACUCGGGAAACGGUGCUGUAACGCCUCAUCUACCGACCGAGAUGCACGUGCGUGCGAAAAAUCAAGAGCAACCGGCAGAGAGCCGGAUGAAGAAUCUUUGUAUUAAAAUGUAUUGACACAUAUUAUGUCGUAUCUCUUUUGUGCGGACCGGAGUGCAGCGGGGCAGGUUUGCUCUCAUUGGCGAGAAGCAUCUCUUGACAUGCGAUUCGUUAAUGAACAAGUUGUCAGUCUGACACGAGGCUCUGCGGCAGACAAUUUGCACGUACUUAUGAAUGUUCUCCGACACUCCACACGGCCAUUCUACAACUUUAUAUUCAAAGAUCUUGAGCUGAGGAAAAUGGAAUGGUUUUGGGAAAAGUUUGGACCGGACAUGAGAAGCCUAAUUCUGGUGAACUGUGAUUUGGGAGAAAAAAUGCUUGUUGCAAUUCUCAAGAGCUGCGACAACCUGCGAACUCUACACAUCAAUGCUUGCAGAGAGUGCCUGAUGUCAGGACGCCUUUUGGACGAUGAAAAUGACGUUAAAGUUCUCUCAGAAAAGUUACUCAACUUGAAAGAAUUGAGUCUAGCUUCUAACAGAUACUUGAGUGACGCGUUAUUUAAUAGACUAGUAAACAUUUGUCCAAACUUGAUAUCGCUAAGUUUAAGUGGUUGCCAGAUAUCCUUCCACUCCGGCUUGUAUAAAAAGUUUUAUCCCAGUAAUAGCACAGUUUCGCACGUGUCAGAAUCUGUCUUAACAUUUUGUAACAUUUUAAUUUUUCUAAACCGCCAAGCGAAACACUUGAAAUACCUUAGUUUCAGUUCUACAUUGAUAGACGGUACAGCUUUGGUCACUUUAUGUACCAUAAAAGACUUGAAACUAGAAUCACUGAAACUACAGUGUUGUGACCAGUUAACAAACGUCGGUAUUCGCUCCUUGACGGAACAUCAGACAUAUUUGAAAGUUCUAGAUGUAAGUUUUUGCACCAGAGUAACAGACGCCAGUUUAGUUUGCAUUUGCAAAAAUUUGGUAAACUUGGAAGCAUUGAAUAUAAGAAGAUGCAGAGCAGUUACGAACUAUGGUGUCAAGCAAAUACGACGCCUCAAACAUCUCAAAGAGUUGGAUAUAUCGGAAUGUGAACAACUUACAAGCGAGUGUAUUACGGAUGGUCUAUGUGCUGCUGAAGGGGAAGACAAUGAAGAAAAUGAAAAUAACGAGAAUCUCGUGGACUUUAAUCAUCUAGUGCCAAAAACACAUGUUGCCAAGUCAGUGCCCUCAGAACAGAGGAGGAUAAAUAACAAUUUAGAAAAACUUUAUGCUAACGCACUGAAUUUAGAUGAGAAAUCAAUCCUUAGUAUCGCGACAAGCUGUCCCAAAUUGAUAUUGCUAGAUAUUGGAUAUUGUUUCAAUGCUAUUACAGACAGUAGCAUACAGAUGAUAUUUAAAGAGUUAGUGCUGUUAAGGUCGCUGACAUUAAGUCGUUGCGACAAAGUGAGUGACCUGGGUUUAACUGGAAUGGGAGCUGGAAAUCGAGAAAAUUUGGAGAAAACCUGGACUCAGAGUUAUAUAGAAGUUCCAGAACCUCAACUUAGGAUACGCCUUGGCUCGAGAGUAGAGGAGGAAAUCUGGCGUGAUGCUAAGCGAAAACGUGAAGUUAAAAAAAUGUGUGAAGAUCUCUCAAUGCUAUUUGAUAACGAUGUAUGUUCAGGAUUUUCACUAGCUCGACUGAAAGGAUUGAAAGAAUUAGACUUGGCUGGAUGCAAUAAAAUCACAGAUGUCAGUCUAAAGUAUGCUUUCAACUUCCCGGAACUCAGAUUAUUAGAUCUUAGCCUGUGCCAGCAAAUAACACACGAAGGAUUGGAUUUUUUGACCAGGAAUAACCAAGCUCUGGAGGAAUUGCAUUUGUCCCAAUGUCAUAACGUGACGGAUAUGGGAAUUGCUUAUAUUGCCAGAAGACUGCAUCGUUUGAAAAGUCUAUAUUUACAGGGAUGUUCCCAGCUGACUGAUCACAGCUUGGAUUCAAUAAAGAUUCACUGCACUGCGUUACAGUUCUUAGAUGUUAAGGCUUGUCGCGGAAUGUCAAUCGCUGGCAUAGAGAGUUUAAUUCAUUUAAACAUCGAUUAUUCAAGAGAAUCAGAAGACCUUAUGCAAUGUAAAAAACCACCACCUGCCCCGCCUAUGCGUAGAUAACAAUUGUAUAGACCAAAUCUAAGGCUGACAGAUGGAAGUUAAAAGGUGUUGGUGAACUUCUAUUAAGUUUUUAGACGGUUUUUUUUUUAAUCGCUACAGGCUUUAAGAGGAAACAUUGAAAGAAAUAAAUUAAACCGAAAAUUCAACAGCCAUGAGUCAAAUUCGAGAUUGUAUACUUCAGAAUGAACCUAUAUUUCCAUAAGAAUGUUCAAAAAUUUCCCUCUAUCUUCUUGUACAGCUAUUCAAAUUAAAAUAAUAAUGAGUAUUAUUUAUUAAUUAAAUUUUAGUUAGCUAUUAUUAUACAUGGUAAAUUUUUUAUAGUCACAUUGCAAAAAGUAGUCACAGCAGUUUUAAAACUUCGAGCGUUACGAACGUAUUUUGAAGUUUGCUAAAUGUAAAAUCCUUAGUAACUACAGCAUCUAAUACGUAUGUACCAGAUUUAUAGUGUAGUGAAAUUUUUUUUUGUUUUGCUAUAGGAUAAUAUCGCGUUCUGUUACAAUAAUUUCGUUGUGAUAUUAAAAACUUAUUGUACAUGCAAGUUUUUGGCCAAGCGUUUUUACUGGUUCUCGAAAUACAGGUAGGAUGGGUUUUGUAGUGAAUAACGGUACCAACGUCAUCCAAGAUAUAGUUCAGUUUGAAAGCUUCAACGCCAUACGCAGUUAAAAUAGUAUGAGUUUAUUUUUACUGUACAUUAACGAAUACAAAUUUUCGUGGAUACUUACAUACCCAAUUUUUACUUCGAACUGCGUUUUGUAUAAAUAUGAAAAUAUUGUAACAUAAUAGUUAAAAUUAAGUGAGAAUAAAAUACAAACAUCUGAA